UGGACGCACGAUGAAGACGUCCUCCUCGUGCGCGCGGUGGAGCAGUGCGGCGAGUCCAACUGGCAGCGUGUCUCUGAGCUGCUCGGCAACACGCGGAGCAGCAACCAGUGCCUGCAGCGGUGGCGGUACUCUGUCGACCCGUCCCUCAACAAGGGGAAGUGGUCCGAGGCGCGCCGCUGGACCGACAUCGGCCGCGAGGUGGACGGGCGCACUCCGAUGCAGUGCCGCGAGCGCUGGUGCAACCGGCUCGACCCCGCCCUCAAG